AAAUGUCUGUCAUAACAGUAGCAUAAUGAUUCUGUAUAAUGUUAAAUCUAUUAUUAUGUGAGUGAUACUGUUCAAUAAUUCAAGAUAAAUCUUGUUAACACAAUACCAACAAUGCUUGUGUGAAAUCUUGUAUCGCGUCAACUUGACACUUGUUGGUAUCUUAAUUAACUAAAAGCAUCGCUCGUGAUAACGACACGGCACCAGUCGAGCAUCUGUUUCUACAUUGACUAACUCUCCGAACUACAUAAAACCCAUCAAUUUGUCAGUGACAUUAUUGCGAACUUGUUGUUCAAUAAUUCAAGAUACGGACAAAUCUCGUUAACACGGAGUAUGGAAUACCGCAGCAGAAGUCAUCAUCCCCAUCGCGUGUAUGACAUGCGCGCGCGUGAGGCAUCAGCCAUCAACCGCUCCUGCCCGCUCCUAGGGCUCGGCAGUGAAUGUGGUGGUCGCGGUCGGUGGGAUCCGGCGGCGCGCUUGUUCGGCCAUCUCCGCCGUGCUCGGCAAUCUCCGUCGAUCUCUGCGGGGGCAGAGGCCUCCUACCCUCUCGCGCAGUCUCGCGCAGCAGUGUUCACACUAUCGCGUAGGCGAACGGCGGCGUAUGUAGCGCGACGUCACGGUCUGUCGUCCUUUCGUCCUGUGAGUGAUUUCGCCGGAGUUGUAUCGUAGUGCCGGAAUAAACGGAGGUUCGCGAUCGUCGCUCGUCGUGCCGUCGAGCUGGAUCUCUCGCGUUAUUUCGCCUGUCGAAACGUGAUAAUCGGAUACGCGCCACCUGCUGUGCGACUCGCUCUCGCCAUCCUCGCACCACCCAUCCCCGUUGUCGUCGUCGCCGCCACCGCCACCCCUUUCGUGCUCUCUCUCUCUCUUUCUCUCUCUCUCGUCGAUUGGAACGGAUGUCCGAGGACUCGCAAUACGACGGAUAUUCCGCGAAGAGAGGAGAGUGGUCUUCGCGGAGAAAGCUAAUGAGCAAAUUGAUUGGCACAGAUUGUCUCGAACAACAAUCGCUUUGAAGUUUGGCGUGAGUGUGCAGGUGAAGGCAACUUUGCAUCGAUCGCAUUUGAUAGAUCAGUUUGUAACACGUGACUCGUGCCGCUCGGACGGUUCGAAUAGUGAGCGUUCGAACGGUCGACGUCGAGAUUUCCGCAAACAUCCGAAUCUCGCGGCGUGUCGUAACCCAACUUCGAUCGUCGCCGUUGCGACGCGCUUCCGGACGCUUGAAAGAACGUGACCGGGAUAUUAUUCAUAGCGUGUGAGCAAAACGCAAUUUGUUCAUAGUGUUUAACCCUGUUUUGUACAUUUCACAGGGAUGACAUUGUUUCGAGGAUCGAGUCAGAAUUGAAUUGCGAACCAGUGAUGCUUGGAUCUACAACUAUCGAAGUUCCCUUGGAUUAAGACAACUCUGAAGUUGAACAGGAUUAUCGAACUUAUCGGGAAAGUUCUUUCUCGGAGACGAAAAAAGUGUACUACUGGAGACUCGUCGCGCAUUACAGAUCGACGUGACGCCGCAUCCGAAUGCAAGUUUGCGAGACACAUUUGUGAUACCGUUCGCAGUGAUCGAUCGUCCGAUAAUCAGACGGAAGUUCUUGCGUCGCAUGGACGAACUUGUUUGUCCUAGAAGCGGAACGGGGAGCGCGGAUGUUUGCGUUCGCAUGAACAUGACCAAAGGAAGUCGAUGAGGCUUUGCCAGUGACAGCUUUCACGAGACUCGGAUUAUGUUACUGUCGAUCGCGGGACAUUCGUUAAUGAUCGGAAGAGAAGAGGACGUGCGAGGAGAACUGCGUGCUGAGACGGUUUGUUGACGCAAAAUUGAUCGUGCUUUUUGAGAUUUAACGUCGAGACUGUGCUGUGUCGUCGUAUAUACCAGUGUCGCGAGUCGCGCAGUGUUACCGUUACGUACGAUAUGUGAAAGUAGUGAUACAGAUUGCCGCGAUAAAGAUUUUUCCUCCCGAGAGCGGACAACGUUCGUCACUCUUCGUCCUACUUAAUUCGCCUGAGAUUUCGCGCGCGCGUGUGUAUGUGUGUUUAUAAGUGGACCUCCGUCGCAGCCAUGAAAGUCUCUGGAGUGAUAGCAGAGAAGAAGCUCUUCGGGAUGAGGCUGUUCGUGCUCAUCGCUGCUUGCCUAACGUCGGCUGUAAAAGGCGAGGCCGUACAACAACAUUUCCGGAUUAGGCCGAGCAACAGUUCCGUGCUUGAGGGCGGCGAAGUGGUAAUUCCUUGCGAGGUUACAAACCGAGUCGGUGCCGUCCAAUGGGUCAAAGACGGAUUUGCUUAUGUUAUACAGCCGAACGGCGACAUCGUGGGCCAUCCCAGACUAAAGAUGAUCGGCGAUCAAAACGCCGGUAUUUACAACUUGAGGAUCACCGACGCGUCUCUCACCGACGACGGCGAAUACGAGUGUCAAGUCGGGCGGUAUCUGCGAAUCAAGCCGAUUCGCGCCAGCGCUCAUUUGAUCGUCACUUCGCCUCCGCGAAAGGUGGAAAUCAGCAGUCAUCCAAACAAUAGGGAAAUCGAGGUGAAGGUGGGCGAAUCACGGCGCUUGGAAUGCAUCGUCAGAUCGGCCAAACCGGCCGCCUCGAUCAUUUGGUAUCGUGGAAACGUGCAGAUCAAGGGCGGUGACACCACCACCAACGCAAUCUCUAUCGAGGGUGACAAGGAUGCGAAGCCCGGAGAGACGUCCAGGGAAUUGCUCAAGUACGACACUCAUGGUUCCAUUACCAUCGUGCCUACGGCGGACGAUAAUGGGAUGGAUUACACCUGCGAGGCUAGCCACGAGGCAAUACCCAUAGACAGGCCCAUGCGGGCUACCAUUAGACUCUCCGUUUUCUAUCCACCUGGUCAACCGUACAUCGAAGGCUACACCGAGGGCGAGACCGUGCAACGCGGUCAGAAUGUGGAGCUCUCCUGCCGAUCACGCGGCGGAAAUCCGCCGGCCGAUAUCAUCUGGUACAGGAACGGCGAAAGGAUCUCGUCGUUCACUCGCCGGGAGAACACCUUCAGCGAGAACGUGCUCUCGUUCAUAGCCCGCGCGGAGGACGAGAAGGCCCGCUACAGAUGCGAGGUCUCCAACGUCAUGAGCGUGCAGCCCAUGAAAGUGCACGUCGAUCUCACUGUGCUUUUUGCGCCUGCUGGAGUCACCAUUACCGGCCCGACGGAGGCGAAGGCGGACGACCAGGUGCACAUUACCUGCAUGACGGAGAACUCAAAUCCGCCCGCGGACAUAAAGUGGACGGUGGACGGGCAUAAUUUCGAGAGUAACAGCUCGAAGACGGAGCCAGCACCGAACGGCGGCUGGAUCACCACCUCGAACGUGACGUUCAGCAUUAAUCGCAAGAGCCGUAGCAUCGUCGUCAUCUGCCACGCUUCCAACGCCAAGCUCACGGAGAACGUGGUCGGCACGCACACCAUCAACGUGAUAUAUCCACCUUCGAAACUAAGCGUUACCGGAUACGAAGAGGGCACGACAAUAGUGGCCGGGACAGUGCUAAAGCUCAUGUGCAUCGCCACGGCGGGUAAUCCAUUGGCCACGUUAACAUGGUACAAGAACGACCGCAAGGUCUCACUUGGCACAGUGAGACAGCGAAAUCAUGCUGUCUCCAGCGAGUUAGCGAUACUCGUCAACGCGUCUGACAACAAUGCCCAUGUGCGAUGCGAAGCGACAAAUUCCGCUACCGAGAUACCCCUGCUCAAAGUUCUCGUGCUAAAAGUCAAUUUCCCGCCCGAGAGGGUGAAGAUUAACCGCGAACCCCAGGACUUCCACGCCGGUCAAGAAGGACGCAUAAUCUGCGAAUCCAGCAGCAGCAAUCCCGCUGCCGAGAUGUCGUGGUGGAAGAACGGGAUACCGGUAACCGGCACCAGGAACGGCACCAAGCCCGGAUUACACGGCGGCUACCUAUCGUUCGUUGAGCUCUCGCUCGACUUAACCGAAGACAUGAACGGCGAGGUGUACACCUGCGAGGCCAAGAACACCGAAUUGGGGAGGUCUAUCCACGACGCUACGACGCUGGACGUGUUGUACAAACCGAUAUUCUCGCCAUUAGACCCUUUCGAAUUAACCGGUCUGGAAGGAGAACCCUUUGUGAUUUCCGUAUCGGCGAGGGGCAACCCUAAUACAACGGAAUAUACGUGGACAAGAGACGGUCUACCGAUAGUUAGUAGCAAUAGGAGAGUGACCGCGCACGGUUCCACGCUAAAUAUCACCAAAUUGGAUCGUCACGAUGCCGGCACGUACAUAUGCGAAGCGCUGAACAAGGAAGGAACCACUUUUUACCAGCUAAAUCUGACCGUGCAAUAUCCGGCUAAAAUCAAACGCAUUUCCUCGUCGGGGAUAGUUUAUCCACCGGGUAUCGAGGCGAAACUUUUCUGUGAAAUCGACGGCAGCCCGAUCGGCGACGAAUUCGUCACGUGGCAAAAAGUAGGAUCAAAUCUGGAACCAGGACGUUACUCGACAUCUUUCGUAAAUCGAACGUCGUACCUUCACAUAGAACGUCCUAGCCAGCAAGACGUCGGCGAGUAUCUGUGCAAAGUCAACAACGGCAUCGGCAAUGUAACAUCGGAUCCUAUCCUGUUUAUUACUAAUUUUAAACCGGAAAUGACGAACACCCCGUUGACGCGAAAGGCAGCGGCGAACAAAGGAAUAAGCGUCCAUUUGUACUGCAAAGCGCGAGGAUCUCCAUUGCCGCGUUUCAGUUGGAUCUUCAAUAGGAAAACUUUAUCGCCGAACACAACCGAGAAUAAAUACAGUAUCACUCACAGCGACCUUUCUGAGCUCUACUCCGAAACAGUGUUGACUAUCCAUAACGUGAAGGCGCAGGACUAUGGAAAAUAUGAGUGUCGCGCGCAGAAUAAAGUGGGGCAAUCCUCGGAGGACAUACUUUUGGACGUCACGUCACCGCCGGAUAAGCCGAGCGAUCUGGAGGUCUACAACGUCACACACGAUUCGGUGACGCUGAUUUGGAAGCGCGGUUUCGACGGCGGCUUGCCGACGUCCUAUCAAAUACGAUGGCGACAGGCGUUGGAUUACGAGGCUCGCUACUACUACCUGGACAUCUCGCCCGGUGAAAACAAGGCCACCAUAUCCGGCCUGUCGCUCGGGACUUAUUACGUGUUCAGUGUGAAAGCUAUCAACGAGAAGGGAGAUAGUGGCUUCUUGCCAGACCUCGUCAAAGUUCAGACACUUCGGCCCAAUAAAGAGGAAAACCUGCCGGACAUCCUCUUGGAAAAGGGCGACUUUCCGAUGAAUUAUAUCUAUACGUUAGCGGCGACUUCCCUCAUCAUUUUUAUCGUUAAUGUCUUCAUCAUGUUGUGGUACAUAGUACGAAAACGAAAUAAAGCUCGUAUCAACAAGUCGCAGACCGCGGAUAUGUAUGCACCGUCCACCGUCAACGGCGACACAAUGACCGGUGAAUUAAGUUCCAUGUCGGACGAGAAGAGCGACGUCAACUUCGACGCUAACGAUUACGUGCAGGACGAGGGGCGCAAAACCGCAGCUAGUACGUAUUUAAUAGAUCAAACUAUGCAGGACUACGGGAAAGGCGGUUUAGAAAUGCAGGUGCAUCAGGGCACCCUCGGUCGUCGCAGCAAUCAUAUGCAAACAUCCAUGAACAUGGAUUCGCCGCCGCAGCGAACCACUGCUAGUGGGACACUUUCAGUAUCGAAGUCGAGUUACAUCGGCAACCCGAGCCCGGCGCCGCCCAAUGACGUAAGCUUCUACAGCGUCGAGAUGGACAACGGCGGUCGCGGCUACAUGAGCUACGACGGCAAUCCAAGUCCAGCACCGCCGCCGAUCGGCGAUCCGUCUGGCGGACCCUACUAUCCUACAUCCUUAGGUUCGACCGGUCACAUAAUGGGUGGGCACCUGGGCGCCGGCACCGGCACUUUGACGCGCACCAGGACGCUGCCACGUCCGGUGCCGCCGCCCGAUGUCACCGUGAUGACCGCGGGCACGAAAUCGCCGAUACCGCCGUCGGUGCCGCCGCCACCCGCCACAUUCGCCCGCGCCGGCCCCAACAACGCCGGACCUCAUCCGCACGCACACACGCAUCCUGCCCCGCCGCCACCACCCUGCCAGAGUCAUCCGCUGUCCACGUUCGCGGCAACGCCGACCUACUCCGACAUCGAUGGACAUCUUGUCUGAGGCUCGCCGAUCUUCGGGCCUAGCUCGGUGCGCGGCAAAUACCGCGCCGUCGCCCAGGACGACGACGAAGAUCAGCGACCGGUCGCAGUCACGGAGAGGAGCACGCGUCUCUGAACGACGUAGGGUGCUACGAUGACGGAUUUUCCUCUGAAUCGUUCAGAUCGUCACCGAUCGUCUCCGUGAGCUACGAUAAAGAGGAUGAACGAGCGGCGACGACUCGCGAAUUACGGUAUCGCGGUCGAAGAUCCUGGCAUUCGUCAUCAGUGCGCCUGAGCAAUUUUCGAAGACUCUAUUUGGUGCGCGAGAACAAAAGUGCGACGAAGUGUGUAAAUAGAAGAAAGACAGCGAGAAGGAGAACGAAGAGAACGUUUACGUGCGACGAGAGAGUGAUGCACCAGAUUCACGCUGUAAACACGCCUUUCCCUUCCACGCGGCUACUUCCUAGACGAGAGGAGACACGCGCGGGGCUCUCCUACGCGAUUGAAUUCUAAUCUUAGGAAUAUAUAUGUAUGUAUAAUUGGCCGCUCGACGAAGAGCGAGCAACGGCGAUCACAGAAAGAGAGAACGGUCGCGCCGGUACGCGCGAGCGUUCUCUAAGAAGCUCGAGAAUGAUUUUACCGUUCCUCUUCCACUAUUCUGCCUUUCCCUUUUCUCCCGUUAUUAACUAUUUGUCUUUGUCCGCUCGCCUUAGCGUUAUUUAGCGUGUCCGCGAAAUCAGCGGGCGAUAAUCAGCGAAUGAUUGACGAGGAAAGUAUAUUUUCUGUAAAUACACGCGUGAUUAUAUAGAGAAAUAGGGAAACCCGCGGCAAUAAUUUUGUUUUUCGGUGGCUUCGGUUGCUUCGCGCAGGAAACACGUCGAUGUAUACACUAUUCGUCAUAGCGAUUGUGUUUAGAUAUCACUAUGCAGGUGUUAAAAACAACCAGAAAAAUCCGCGAGACAUUUUCGAAAUAUUACUCAGCGAUCUCCCUCGCUCCGACCGUGACUGACACCGAAAUGCAGAUUCCAAAAACUUUCUUGUCUUUGGAACAAAUGUGCAAUCGCACAAGCGUCACUAUCUCAACAGUAAUACUAUUAUCAGUAUAAAUAUUAUAGGAUACGCCCGUUCCUUGGCACUAAGAUAACCAAUGUCAUUCCAUGACUUUUGAAGCUGAGAGAAAGAAAAUGUUAUAUCCAGUAUAUUUGCUCAGAAAAUGCUACAAAAAAUAACACCAAGUAAUAACAUUUUAUAAAAUAUUAUUUAUUACUUGAUUUUUAACUCGCACAAAAACAGAGCUCAAGAAAAAUUUGUUAGAAUUAAUUAGCGAUAAGCCACUUUUCUUUAUUGCACAAAUGUAUCCAUCUGUCUUCCAAUUCGCAGAUUAACGUUGGUUAUCUUGGUCCGAAGAUAUCGAUCUAACCCGAAUAAGAUUUUCACGCAUGCUACGAUCAUUGAUAUUAAUUUUCAAAAUACUGAUAGCGAUUAAUGAACGAUAACGCCCUUUCAAAACUUUGCAGGAGGGCAUAUCCGUCACGACCGUCCAUUGUUUACUUUCGCGUCGAAAAGUCGGUUUAUCUCGGCGAUUCGAAGCUAAAAAAGACGAGACAAUCGUUAUUACAAAGCGGAACGUUUGAAAGGUUACAAAGAAUGCGAUAGCUCGAAGUUAAACUUUCUUUCCUUUCGUCGCCUUCCGUCGCUUAUACGUUGUACAACUGCGAUUGUUGUCUCCCGAGCAACUUUCACGAAACAAAAAAACAAAUCUGAUACUAUAAAUCGUAUACAAAAAAAAAAGAGUUUCACUGCCGAUCCUAAAGUCAAUACUAUAGGUAAUUCAUUGACUGUAUAUCGUCUCGAUGAAUAUACUUUUAUCUACGCGAUACAUUAUACGUAUACAAUAUAUGUAUAUUGAACAUCAUACAAUCUUGCGACAUUAAUCAUAAACCGAGUGCCGAUCGGCUGCUCGUUAAAAACAUACACUUAUGUUUACUGGUAAUUCCGAUCUUUUUGUUCAUUACGAGAACACGAGCGGACCGAGCUUGUGCUGCCGAUGCAUCCACGAUGCAUCUAAAACGAUCAAAAACCAGAUACGUAUUAUGAUAAUAGAACACACGACGAUGCCAGCCCGCUUAAACGAGUCGUCGAGAUCGUAGUUCUAUCAUCGUAAACUCCGAUUAUCGCGACGUGAUUGUUACGCGAGACGACGACACGAGGUGUAACAUAAUCAACAAAAAAAAAAGGAGAACAAAAAGACAGGAAGUCAGUGAAUGUCUUGGCGUAGUGAUAUCUUGAACAAAGACAAUAGUACAUAAGUUUAAUUGCUACGUAAUGGUCUUCAGUUAAGGGCGAAGAUAUUCUGUCGACAGCGCGGCGCCAUUCGAGACGAAGCUGCACGAAGAAAAUUCGCAUAAACGCGCGAAGCAUUCGCCCUAGAGCGGCUGUUGUGCGACAUUUACGCGGAUGGUCGGAAAAUUACGCGGAUAUUCAUAUUAGCUCGACUAAAUGUUCAUACACAUAUAUUUUUGCAUUUAUUUCCAAUUACUAAUUAUGAUUAAACCAUGUAAAUAGUGCGAUAAUGUCUCAAUGUUUCACACGGUCGCGAAAGAGAAAAAAAUUUAAAAAAAAAAACAAGUAAUUCAAAUGGAUCAUAUGAGGGUCUCACUAUACCUAGGCUAUAAACGAAGUAUUGCUAGAGGGUAAUAACGCUGUAUAUCCGGAAAAAAAAAAUUAUUAUCCCGUUGAUUGGACGAGACAACGUCUUUCCGUUCUUCGUCGAAAGCCUAAGUAGUCAACGUAUAUAUAUUUUUGAAAACGACGACGACGAAACUUGAUGCGUUUGGCCUAUCGUAAGGGAGAUAUGUUACGACAAGAGAGAGAAAGAGAGUCAUGUAACGCACGCUGCACUCGCGUUCCGGCGGUAAAGGGCUGUGACAAUGAGAUGCAAGUCCUUACAACUUCGCGACGUCGCGUCCUGCCAAGUCGAUCGUGCGAACAAUUGUUCAAUUGGGGAGUGUCGCCGAUGCAAUGAUACCAAUCCUCGCGCUAAUUUUAAUAUAAUUUCACCGCUUACGAAGUUUUAUUGCGCUCACUCCCGUGCGACGAUUAUUCUGUCGUCUGUUCGUCGGUGGUAAAAUUUCCUCGGUGUCUUUUAGCCAAGAAGCGCAGAGAAAGGAAAGGAAAAAGAACAGGUCGGUUGCGACGUGUGCGAGAGGAUGUUCUGAGAUCUGCAUCUCAUCCUGUGGUGAGGAAUUGUUUUUAUAGGAGACAAUUAAACUUUACCCGCCCGGUAGUCGCGCGUGUCACAUCGCUCAUUGAGAGAUUGUUUGAAAGUUUUAUGAAUAACGUUUUUCCGUAGCGUACGCAUAUAUUGUUGUUUCUCAUUACAGCGAUUAUUUGUUAACGGUAGAUUCUACGAAGCUUAAGACAAAAAGAAGAAAAAAAUGAAGAAAUAAAAAAGAAACGUGUAUUGUUAAACCGCCGUUGUGUAUGGAGCCGCACAGUUCGGCUUAGACUGAUGAUAAGAAAUUCACGUAUGCUCAAUUAGAGAUGAACAUGUUCGCGCAUAAUUAAGAGUUCUAUUUACAUAUACAUGUUUUAUAUUUGUAAUUAUAAAAAAAAAACAAAUCAUCUAUACUUAAUAUUACCUGAAGAUUAUUAUUAGAUUUAUGUAAUCUCCAAAGUAUUUGCUCAUCAAAGUGCUAGGCAUGUUAAACGGACCGCUAUUCGUCCAAAAUGGUACCUUGGAGAUGGACAUACCAUCUAACACGUACGAUAUUUGAUAUUUUACAUAAUAAUAACAACUCGUAAUUUCGUUGAUUACUCUAAGACAUAGUCAAUCCUAAUUAUACAAUCAUUAAGAAUAUGGAAAGGAAUCAAUUAAUCGUUUUACAUGUAUAUAUAUAUAAAUAUAUAUAUAUAUAUAAACGUAUAAUGUACAUAGCACUUAGAUAGACACGAAAGGAAAAAAAGAAAUGAAAAUACUUAAACGAAUUAUAUCAAACUACGAAAAAAAAGAACGAAUCGAGAGCUUUUGUAUACUAGAUGUAUAUUGGUAUAUUCACUUUGUAUCGUUCUUUUUACCGCGAUGAUAAUUAUCGAUAAAUAGAAAUUAACGGCAGCAUGAUCGUUUCUGAAAAAUGAGAAUUAUCAACAAAACGUUCACCGACACUGCGAACGUAUCACGUAUCGCAACGAAGGAAUAAAUAUCGACGAAGAUUUAAAACCAGGAAAAAAGUAGAAGAAUGCAUCAGGACGAAUAAAGCGAAAAAUAAGCACGCCGCGAAAUUAUAUCCGUUCCAAAAUUGAUAUCGCCAGUGUUCCAUCGCCUUCGCGUCACGUUUUUCAUACAAUCUUUUAUGAGGAUCUUUUUUAUUGACCAGGCUAUUCUACUUUUUCACACGUAGAUAGAAGAUAAUUUUUACCCUUUGUGCCGAGCGUUACGCCAAUUGAUACACGAAAGUACGUUGUACUCCCCCCCCCUUUUUGAAAUUUGUACGUAACUAUUUAUCGCCGCGACUGGUCUAAAUGUUGCUUCCGUUUUAUGUGCCAACUGAUCGACGUUGUUCUUCGACGAUGUGUAACAUACCGUUAAUGCAAAAAUGAGACGAAAGAACACAGAGAACAGUGCCGGUCGACAACCGUGCGACGGAAAAAUUUUCAACGUGACCGGCGCUGUUUCGCCGAGUACAACAGAGAUACGUCAAAAAAAAAAAGAAAAGAAAAAACAAAAACAGUAGGGACAGGAAAAAAGAAAGAUGUGAAAAGGAAAAGCUCUCUGAUCGAUGUAACGGUGUAACAUAAUUGAAUGCCCACGAUUAACUGAUUAAUGUACAUAUACAUAGUAUUUUUACAUUCUAAUUCUAAAUUACAUUUCCAAUUCUAAAUGGUAUACACAACACUACACUCACUGUGGGCUUCGCUCCGUUAUCUGUGUAUCGAUUGCGACGACGAAAAUAUUCACCGUCGUCGGUUCACUGCUGUCAGUGAGGUAUAUUUCGUACAAAAAUGCAUUUACAAUGAUUAUUGCUCAGCAACAUCUUGCUCUGUUAACUCCCUCGUACACACGUAUAUUCGCGCUGUUGCACGACAUUCAAUAAAUACAUGCCUUGUGCCUUCGCCGCACCACGUUACUUAAACCGUGAUACAUAAGACAGAAAGAAGAGAGGAGAAGAAUACGCGUGAUGCAUUUACAAUUGUUUUAAGACACAUUCGUGUAAUUUAUCUGAACUGUGCUCAUUGCCGAAAUUUGAAGACGCAAAAUAAUUAGGAACAAAUACGUGCAUUUAUCUUUUUUUUAAACGUGUAAUUACAUACUCAUUUCAUAAUAAUUGCAUUAUUAGUACGAUGUAAGAAUUGACGGCGUGAUUUAUGUUCGAAUAACUGCCAAUAAUUUUUAAAUGUAAAGAAUGAGAUAUAAAUGUUGAUUUAUAUAGACGUAUACACAGAUUCAGAGCGAAGCUCAACACGCUAGUCCUUAAUUUAAAACCAAAGUAAAAGCAACAUUGUGUAGCGUUUAAGAAUCUCUAUUACGUAUACACACCUGUGUGUCUAUACAGACAUAAUUAUAAUUAACGAUUUCAAUCAUUGUAAUUAGGUAAAUGAACUAACCGAUAAGCAGAUAGGUAAAAAUAAGCCACUCAUUAUGUGUAUCAUCUUGUUUUUCCAUUCAUAAUUUUUCACUACACAAUUAACAACAUUUUACCUAGGAGAGCCUUUCGUCAGCUAGGGUUAUUAUGUAUCUGUAUUCUGUAUAUUGUUUUUUAUUGCAACUAUUAAAACUGAUUGUCAACUUAUAAAUUUGUAUUAAUU